CAGCUUUAAACGACACGGAAUCUGUAGAUUCUGUCAUUAGUUUUUCUUCAGAUAUUUUGUUAAUUAAAUAAAAGCAUAAUGGGUCCGAAAAAGAAAUCAGCCGAGAAGAAGAAAUCUGGGAAGAAGAAGGGCAAGUCUGGCUCUGGACUUCCCAAUGAGGAGAUGACGAAGGAGCAGCUGGAAGAAAAGAUAAAACAGAUGCAUGCUCAGAUGGAACAGGAGGUCAAGGAUCGCAAUUACUUCCAGCUCGAAAAGGACAAGAUCCAAAGCUUCUGUGAGAUGACCAAAAAGCAGCUAGAGGAGAAGAAAACAGAUCUGAGAAACAGAGACAAGGACCUGGAAGCUGAUGCUGAGAGGCAUCAAGCUAAAACCAUGAUGUACGAUCAGAAGUUGAGACACCUGCUGCAGGAACAGCAAACUACAAUUGGCGAGCUGAAGACAGAGAGAGUGGUGAUCACCAAGGUGAUGGAGGCUGAACAUACAGAGGUGGAAAGCAAGCUGCAGAGAGACAGGCUCAAACUAAAAGCGAAUAUAAAUGAGCAGGAGCUCUCCUACCUGAACCUGAUCAAGAACCUAAAGCUGAACCACAAUAAGGAAACCACCAAGCUGAGGACGAAAUUUGAGGACAAGGUUCGAGAAAUCGAAGCUACUUAUGAGAAGAAGAUGCAAAUACAGCGAGCGGAGCAAGACCUCAGGCGCAAGAAUGAACUCCAUGAGACUGAGCAAAAGAAGAACUUUCACAUUAGCAUGCUGAUAAAGAACCACGAGAAGGCGUUCAGCGAUUUUAAGAGCUAUUACAGUGAGAUCACUCUCGGGAGCUUCAACCAAAUCAACUUACUUAAGGACCAAAGAGCUGAAAUGAAGAUGAAGGAAGAGGCGGCAGACAAAGAGAUGACCACGGUCCUGAAGGAGAACCAGCAUUUGAUUGAGACGCUGCAGGAAGUUACGCAGGAAGUGUCAGACCUGCAGAAAGAGCUCACCGACUACCACAAGGACAAAGCCUUACUUAAGGAAAAGAAAGCAGAUCUGAAAGCGAGAGAUGCAGAGCUGAAAGAUCAGAAAUUGGAGAAUGAAGUUAUGAAGCAGAGAAUCAUUAUGAUGCAGCAGAAGCACGAUGUCCUGCACCAGAAGUUCAGCAAGGCCAUUCAGGAGGUGCAUCAGAAGAACAGCUUUAAGAACCUUCUUCUGGAGAGGAAAUUGACCACUCUUACAGACACUGUGGAGAAGAAAGGGGAACAGAGUAAUGCCUCCCUGAAAUGGAAAUGGUAGUUUUCACAAGGGCUCAGUGGCAACUUGGCCGUGCUGGGACUCAAACCCCCAACCUUCCGAUCAGGAACCACUUCCUGAUACUGCUGGUUACUGAACCUGUUUUCUGAUGAAGGAAACACAAC